AUGGCAUUCAUGAAUACGAUAACAGUGUUUCAAGAAUUUGGCUCGAAUUACAAAUUUUUUGGCCUUGGUGGCGAUGACGACCUGGCUGCGCUGGAAGUCUUUCUCGACGAAGAACGCCAUCAUGGCCGAAAAGUACAAGCAAUCUGGGCGGAGUUCCCAGCGAAUCCGAUACUUGUCACCCCGAAUCUGGCGCGACUUCGUACGCGAGUAGAUGAGUACGACAUAGUUCUCGCCGUCGACGACACUAUCGGCGGUUUUGCGAAUAUAGAUGUCAUGGACAUGACUGACAUGCUUGUCACUUCCCUCACCAAAUCUUUCAAUGGCUAUGCAGAUGUCAUCGCAGGGAGUGUUGUCCUAAAUCCUGCUUCUCGACAAUAUGGAAAAUUGAAAUUUCUCCUCGACGAACAUUACGUCCCAGAACUCUGA